CACCACCACCUCGUCCACCACCUUAUCCACCACCACAACCUCGUCCACCUUAUCCACCACCUUGUAAACCACAUCGUACACCACACCUUGUCCACCACACCUCGUCGCCCCUGUGACGAGGUGAAGGAUGAGUCUACGAAGAGGCGCCCUGCUGGUGUUGGAGGGCGCGGACCGAGCCGGGAAAUCGACCCAGGCCGCCCUCCUCGUCGACCACCUUCUCACACGCGCCGGGGUGAGCGCACAGGGCAUGGCGUUCCCAGACCGCACAACGCACAUAGGCCAGCUGGUGAGCUCGUACCUGCAGCGCAACGUGGAGUUGGAUGAUCACGUUGUCCACCUCCUCUUCUCCGCCAACCGAUGGGAGCGAGCCUCCCUGAUUCGGGAGAGGCUGCAGGCGGGGGUGACGCUGGUGGUGGAUCGGUACGCGUUCUCCGGGGUCGCCUUCACAGCCGCCAAGCCGGGGUUUGACCCCGAGUGGUGCCGCCACCCGGACGUGGGCCUCCCGCGCCCGGACCUGGUCCUCUUCCUGUCCGUGCCCCCGGCCCACGCCCAGCAGCGCGGUCGCUACGGCGACGAGCGCUACGAGCACGCGGCCUUCCAGCAGCGCGUGCUGCAGCGGUACGACGAGCUGGCACGUGACCCCACGCUCACCUGGGAGCAGGUGGAUGGCACAGGCAGUCCGGACGAGGUCCACCAGAGGAUCCUGCCGCUCGCCACCCGCGCCAUCCAACAGGCGGCCACCAACCCCAUCCUCCCCCUGUGGGCAUAGCCACCACCACCUCGCCCAGUGGCGGUGGCACGGCGGCUACGAGAUGUCAUCUCCCUCGCCCGGUACGCAGGAGGUCGUGGGUUCGAUCCCAACCCUGACGACGCCUGCUGUAUAUAUGGAGUUAUCGGUGUCUCA